CCUCCCCCGUCAGUCACCAACACGCGCGCUCGUCAAAGCGCGAGACUCUGCAGAGAGUCGAACAGAGCGACAGGCACGCGCGGUUUCCAUGGAAUUAAGGAAUAUCUCGUUUUUUUAAUCCCCAACGGUCGUCUCUCGUACGCUCGACUUUUGUCCCAUAUUUCUUUUUAUCUAUAUUUUGUGCGCCAAAUCGUUUCUUGUGCCCCUUCCUUCUUUGUCGGACUGUGAUUCAUUGGAUAAGUAGAAAGAGUUGCUGGACAUCCUCUUCGUUGUUUCGGGACUGGACAUCAAACCACAGCAUCCCUGUCGGCACGGAAAUCCGAUAAGUACAAUUUGGGACAUCGGAGGCAAUAUCGGACCUUGGAGGCAACUUGUGCACUUUGUCCAAGAGACUUAAUCAUUUUAAACGGGCUUGAUGUUCAUUCUCUCCACGGGACUAAAAAUAAAACCUCGAGUGUUUUACAGAGAUGCUAAUGCUGCGGUUUAUGACGGAACAUUUUUAAAAACUCACCCGCAGUGGUCCAGGCGCCCGGCACCAGACUGCGUGCAUUUAAAACAGUCUUUGCUCCAUAUGCAGUCAAAAUAUUGUUUGAAAUUCAUCCCAAAUUCUUACUUUGACCGUAUUUAGCCUUCACAUCUCAAUCUGACAGUUGCUCGUGCCAUUCAGUUGAAAUACCUCCCUACAUGGAACAAAGGGGGUUGAAUUUUAAUCUACUUUGUUAAACAAACAUUUGGAGAUCUCUGCUCCGAUAUCCGCGGAUGUUGCGGUCAUGCCAUCUCCUAACGCUUAGAGGGAUCUAGUCAAGUUCAAGCCUGUUGUCCCUCCACCACUCUAUUGUCUCUGCAGGUCCCAUUCAUUUGUCUCAUAGGAGUAUCAUGGGAGUCCAGACAAGGGGUCCCUGGUUGGCUAUGGCGUUCUCAGACUGGGUCAGUGGUUUGGGAUUUCUUUUAAUCUUCCUGCUCGAGAGUUUAGCAGUGGAUGCCACCAACAUGGAGCCAGUCUACUGGAAUUCCUUUAACAGAAGGUUCGGAGAUGAGAGGGGGUAUAUACUCUAUCCUCAGAUAGGGAACCGGUUGGACCUGGUAUGUCCGGCGACGAGUCCACCGGGUCCGAACUCUCCCCCAGAGUACGAGUAUUACAAACUGUACCUGGUGUCCUCUCGAGAGCAGGCCGACAGGUGCGAGGUGAUGGGAGCCCCCAACCUGUUGCUCACCUGCGACAAACCCAACAGCGACAUGAGAUUUACCAUCAAGUUCCAAGAGUAUUCGCCCAACCUGUGGGGUCACGAAUUCAAGAAUUUACGAGACUACUACAUCAUAGCUACCUCUGAUGGCACCAAAGAGGGCAUUGACAGCAUGAGAGGAGGCGUGUGCGUAACACGAGGAAUGAAGCUGGUUCUCAAAGUGGGACAGACUGCGUAUGGUCUUCCCCCAAAGCCCAAACCUGAUCCAGGCCGACCCAACAACAAAAGCCCAGAUCUGGAAAGUGGCUCUAUAGGGAGUGAUGGAGGUGAGGCUGGUGAGAGAGAAGACAGCGGCGCCGUGUCUGUCUCUAACAUCGCCCUGAUCUCCGGCGGUGCCGUGGGAGCCUUGCUCCUUCUGAUCGCUGUAGUCAUCGGCAUAGUGUGUUACCGCCGUCAGAAAGCCAAGCACUCAGAGACCCACCACCCUGCCCUUUCGCUUUCUUCUCUUACACCAAAGCGGAGAAGCUCCUGCGGUGUGGGUACAGGGUCUGGCGGGGGCAACAAUAAUGGCUCCGAGCCCAGUGACAUCAUCAUCCCCCUGCGGACCUCUGACUCAGCAUACUGCCCACACUACGAGAAAGUCAGCGGCGAUUACGGACACCCCGUCUACAUCGUACAGGAGAUGCCCCCACAGAGUCCGGCAAAUAUCUACUAUAAAGUAUGAGGACAGCCCAACUAACAGAUAAACCGUUCUGACUAUAUUGUUAUAUACACAUGUGCGCAAACGUGUUCAAGUGACUCUAUAUGUACGAGCCUAGAUCUUAUUACACUCCUUUACAAGAUGAACCUGUCGACUGUUUCACUCGUACACAUCGUAUAGACUGGAGACACGGCACUGAUCUAAGAUAAAUGUUGUUGAAGGGGUGUUUGCAUUUAUUUACAUGUGUGUGACAUCAGAGCCAGGUGGAUCAGAGCUUCACAUGUGCUCAGGUGCAAGUUAUUUGGCCUUGUAAUUGGUUGGAACAGAUUCACGUGCUUAUCCUCAAAACCAAACAGUAUAGAGUGAGACUUUUCAAUGUUUCUUUUGCAAAAAAAUUAAGCAUAAAUAAUACACGUGCUUCAUACAGAAUUCUGGACCAGUUGUGCAACUUUUGUUUGAAGCAUAUAUGAGUAUUAUUCACCAACAACAGACAAUCCGGUUUAACCAUGCGCCAAAUGAGCUGAAAUAGCGCUAAACUGUAUUUAAAUUGAGUAAAUAUAGCCAUUUUCAGCACGAGCACACUUCUUUUUUUAUGUAAAUUAACGUUUUUAUAGACUAGGUCACAUCAAAAAAUCAUGCAAUGUUGCCUAGCGGAGUUAAUGGUGCGCACUUACCGCCUUUAAAUAAGCGGUGCAGAGAUUCAGUAGUCCCAAUGAAACAUGCCAGAUCCGUUGCAUCCUCCACAAUCUACAGAAGCACAAUAACAGAAUUGCCCCUUGAUGGUUGCAUUAGGUACAAGUUUUAUUCAUUACCUGAUUCAUACUAAAAUACAUUCAGUGAACCGGGUGCGCAGUGCAAAUAAAUACUAUAGUGUAUAAAUAUCAAGCUUGGUGAAUUCCCUCCUUGUAUUCCGUUUUCUUUUUCAUCGGAUCGUGGAUGUUUGUCUUUCUGAUUCUUUGAACCCAGCGCUCAUAUUUAUUUAUUGUGCAUCAAAGACACUGUUUUUUAUUCCUUCCACUUCAUUAGCUUUCGCUCAUAACUCCUCAGCACCCAGUGUUUGUUUUUGACGUUUCUUAAACAUCAUUAUGUGAGGAGCAGGAAGCGCAUGUGGAGGACGUGAAGACUGAUGCUUUAUGGUUUGAAUUGGAGACUCUUCUGAGAUUUCCAAAGGGUCGGAGGUCGAAGUUGGGAGAUCACAGACAGACUGCACGGGAGCUAUUUGCGCAUGAUGAUUCGAGGGCUUCUCGCUCUCUGCCUGAGCUUUUGGAAGAAUGUGUACACUAUGAUGAACUGCUUGCUUACCGUAGACACAUUGCCCAUCUUGUACACACUUUACAAACAUCCACGUUACAGCAGUUAGUGUUUUCUUGUAUAACCCUAACAGAUGGAGUCCAGCUGUGCGUUCUGAAGUUUUGUGAUUGUUAAGGCCAAAGACAGUUUGAAUAAUACUGACAGUGCCACUGUGGGUCUUAAUGAACCCCAAUGAAAACCUGCCCAUCAGUGAUACAACUAUCCGUUGCUAGGUUACAGUAUCACUCGCCUCUCAUUAUCACAUUUUGGGUGAUGUCUCUGAACCAUCUCUGGCAUUAUCACCUAGUGUCAGCAUGAGGCAUCUGGUCCAUAGGUCACCUGUGUUAUUUCACUUGACAAGACAUGAAAUUAUUACUGAUACAUGACAAAACACAGUUUUAAUGGACUGAAUGACCUUAGCUUUCAGGAUUAGAUUUCCUCUGUCCAGAUUUUAGGAUUUUACUUGUCUGUUAUUACCGCAAAUAGAAAUUGUCCUUUUUUUAAGGUACAUUCUUUUGUUUUCCUCUCCUUGCUUUUCACAUAAUGUUAUAUUUAACAGUGUUGAUUUGUUAAUAGAUUCAGUGAAGUCUCCUGUAGUGGCCACUGGCCAGAGACAAAUAACCUUAUUGCAUUGCAGACUGGAACAACCUCGGUAAAAUGGGGGGAACAAUAUUUUUGAAACUCCUGCCCUCUUGUAUGCCUGCAGGCUUUUCUCUGAUCAAGAGGAGAUUAGGCCAAGUCUGUUUUAUUAAGGUAUAAUUUCUUCUUCACAUCCAGCAUUAUUUCAUUGACUCUGCCUAAAUCCUGAGACGUAAAGCACUUCCACAGCUAGGUAGGGCAUGGGGCUGGGCAGGAUAUUAUCCCUUUGUCCUGUUGAGCUUCGAGCAAAGAGAAGGCAUCUGGCAGGAUCAGUGUGGACCUAAGCCACCAAAAGGAUUUCAAUACCUAUUGAUAAAAAUUCCAAUAGCGACCACAUAUGGACCCUAAUACUGUCUCAGCAUUGGCUGGAUUUUUUUUUAUUUAGUCAUAUAAUUACUGGGUGUUAGUAUUUGGUCAUGUUGAAAAAGAUUUGUCAGUUCAUUUAAUAUCAUGAUUUGAGAUGCCUUGAACUUAAAUGUGAUAAAGACUGUUGCAUUUCUAACUAUCUCUCAACAUAGUAUUUCUACAAACAUUUCAUUGAGAGGAACACAGCAAAUGCUGGACCAAACUUUUCAUUAAAAAUCUCCAGUUGGACUGAAUAGGACUCGAAAGAAUACUGACAUUGAGAUGUGAAUAAAUAUAUUGAAGCAAUGUAAAAUAAAUGUUAAAAAUUGUUCUGACAAUGUUCAAGACAUUGAUAAAGCAAUGUUUUCGUGCUCCUUUUUCUUUACCAGCCCUCUUUUUUCUCCCUCUGAUUCUCUCUCUCUUCCACCCAGACACUUCAUAAAAUAAAGAUUACAUUCCAUGCAGUAGAAAGCACUGAUAAAAACUUAA